AAGAGAGGGCGGGGGAAGCCGAGGAGGCGGGAUCCGGGAGCUGCGUCGGCUGCGGCCUGGCACCUAGGGGGCGGCCCCGGAGGAGCGCAGACCCUGGGGCUCCCGGCGAUUAUGGACCCGGCCGAGGCGGUGCUGCAGGAAAAAGCACUCAAGUUUAUGUGCCAGGGAUUGUGCCCAAGGCCUUACACGUACAAGUGCUCUAUGCCCAGGUCUCUGUGGCUGGGCUGCUCCAGCCUGGCGGACAGCAUGCCUUCGCUGCGAUGCCUGUAUAACCCAGGGACUGGCGCACUCACAGCUUUCCAGAAUUCCUCAGAGAGAGAAGACUGUAAUAAUGGCGAACCCCCUAGGAAGAUAAUACCAGAGAAGAAUUCACUUAGACAGACUUACAACAGCUGUGCCAGACUCUGCUUAAACCAAGAAACAGUUUGUCUAGCAGGUACUGCUAUGAAGACUGAAAAUUGUGUGGCCAAAACAAAACUUACCAAUGGCACUUCCAGUAUGAUUGUACCCAAACAACGGAAACUCUCUGCAAGUUAUGAGAAGGAAAAGGAACUGUGUGUCAAAUAUUUUGAGCAGUGGUCAGAGUCCGAUCAAGUGGAAUUUGUGGAACAUCUUAUAUCCCAAAUGUGUCAUUACCAACACGGGCACAUAAACUCCUAUCUUAAACCUAUGUUGCAGAGGGAUUUCAUAACUGCUCUGCCAGCUCGAGGUUUGGAUCACAUUGCUGAAAACAUUCUGUCAUACCUGGAUGCCAAAUCAUUAUGUGCUGCUGAACUUGUAUGCAAGGAAUGGUACCGAGUGACAUCUGAUGGCAUGCUAUGGAAGAAGCUCAUCGAAAGAAUGGUCAGGACUGAUUCUCUGUGGAGAGGCCUGGCAGAACGAAGAGGAUGGGGACAGUAUUUAUUCAAAAACAAGCCUCCCGAUGGGAAUGCUCCUCCCAACUCUUUUUAUAGAGCACUUUAUCCUAAAAUUAUACAAGACAUUGAGACAAUAGAAUCUAACUGGAGAUGUGGAAGACAUAGUUUACAGAGAAUCCACUGCCGAAGUGAAACUAGCAAAGGUGUUUACUGUUUACAAUAUGAUGAUCAGAAGAUAGUAAGCGGCCUUCGAGAUAAUACCAUCAAGAUCUGGGAUAAAAGCACAUUGGAAUGCAAGCGAAUUCUCACAGGCCACACGGGCUCUGUCCUGUGUCUCCAGUAUGAUGAGAGAGUGAUCAUAACCGGAUCGUCGGAUUCCACGGUCAGGGUAUGGGAUGUAAAUACAGGUGAAAUGCUAAACACAUUGAUUCACCAUUGUGAAGCAGUUCUACACUUGCGUUUCAAUAAUGGCAUGAUGGUGACGUGCUCCAAAGACCGUUCCAUUGCUGUAUGGGAUAUGGCGUCCCCAACUGAUAUCACCCUCCGGAGGGUGCUGGUUGGACACCGAGCUGCUGUCAAUGUUGUAGAUUUUGAUGAUAAGUACAUUGUUUCUGCAUCUGGAGAUAGGACUAUAAAGGUAUGGAACACAAGUACUUGUGAGUUUGUAAGAACCUUAAAUGGACACAAACGCGGCAUCGCCUGUUUGCAGUACAGAGACAGGCUGGUUGUUAGUGGCUCGUCUGACAACACCAUCAGAUUAUGGGACAUAGAAUGUGGUGCAUGCUUACGAGUAUUAGAAGGCCAUGAAGAAUUGGUGCGUUGUAUUCGAUUUGAUAACAAGAGAAUAGUCAGCGGGGCCUAUGAUGGAAAAAUUAAAGUGUGGGAUCUUGUAGCUGCUUUAGACCCUCGUGCUCCCGCAGGGACUCUCUGUCUACGGACCCUUGUGGAGCAUUCUGGAAGAGUUUUCCGACUCCAGUUUGAUGAAUUCCAGAUUGUCAGUAGUUCACAUGAUGACACAAUCCUCAUCUGGGACUUCCUAAACGACCCAGCAACCCCAGCAGAACCCCCCCGGUCCCCUUCUCGAACAUACACCUAUAUUUCCAGAUAAAUAAUCAUAAACUGACCUCAUAUUUGCCCAGGACUCAUUAAAGUUGUGGUAUUUAACGUAUCUGCCAAUACCAGGAUGAGCAACAACAGUAACAGUCAAACUACUACCCACCUUCUCGGACUAGCCGAGGAGCGGGGCUUUGAGACUCCUAUUGGGACACAGUUGGUCUGCAGUCGACCCGGGACGGUCUACUCAGCACAGCUGACUGCUUCCGUGCUGCUAUCGAAGAUGUCUUUUAUCUUUCGUGAAUGAUUGGAACUUUGAAACCUUACCUCACCUCCCUUUCCCCUCUGCCCCUGUUUCUUCCUCAUUUGGUUCCAGACAAAGACGACUUAUAAAUAUAUUUAGUGUUUUUGCAGAAUCUCUCUUGCUUUGCCCAUUAAGCAGAAGAACUAUAGUCUGUAUAGUCUCUGUAUAGUCUACUGGGAGAGACCCAAUUUUAGGGGACAGGAGGGUACAACUUCAAACCCGCCAGCACCCACUAUCUCCCCGGAAACUGCAGGAAUGCCCAGCGCCUGGCAAGAUCAGCCCAGCCCCACUAUGCAUAGGAGGGGACAGCUGCCUGUGUAGCCUCUGGGGCAAGAAAGAAAGAAAACGAAAAUGCAUAUACUAGAAGAUUCAGGCCUCUUUCCUUCCAUCUCUUUGUCAUUCUGUCCCUCUUUUGCCUCUCCCUCUCCUCCCUCCCCUACACCCCCCCCCCUUUGUUUUCCCUGCUUCACCUGAGAGGAAAGAGAAUGAAGACAGUGUCCUCAGCUAGCAUGAGGCAUAGCAGCUAGAAAAUACAAUGCUCAGGAGAAUUAAGUGCUAUCCCAUCAGAAUUUCAACCACAGGAUUUGCUGCGAGUGACCCAGUGUGGCCACAGUGGAUUCUUAGAUAUGGCGCUCUCAUCCUGUUUAUAACUCUUCUCUCAUCUUCUUCUAACAUUCCUCCCUUGCAAGAUGGGGAGGGGGUGGGGAGGCACAGAAAUUUCCUGGGCUUCAUCAAUGGCUGCAUCUUUUCUGGACUCAGCAGUCUCCUUGAUUCCAUGUUGAGUGUGGAAAGGAGUUGCUGAUUGCAUUUCCUCUCAUUAACAAUUAGAUGUGUAAUAAAAAGCUUUGCACUUCAUCUUAAAUCACUGGUAAGGCUCAGCCUACAGAAAGGUUUGAAAUGGCCAGAGCCUGUCGCUUGGUGCAUUAUGUAUAAUGGCUCUCUUAUUUUCCCAUCAGGGUCUACGAGCACCCAGGCAACCUAUGUCUAUUGCCAAGACCCUGAUCAGAUGAUCAGAGUAGCUUAAGAGGUCAUUAAAAGUAAAAGCUGAUUUUUUUUUUUAUGUAGAUCAGUAAAUAUCUUUCAAAAGUCAGUUAAUAAUCUCAGCCCCACGCUGCAGAAGCUUCCUUCUGCUUUUCCCAAACCCAGUAUUUACAAAAGGGCAAAGCUGCCAGAGAGGGGAUCAGGGUGAAGUUUGGCAUACAGGGUUCGUUCAUGGAGCAGAAACUGCCCUCUUUCCUUUCCUUCCUCCUUUUGGCCUUAUUUUGUUCCACAGCCCCUAGCCCACACCAUCUCUGGCAGUUGGUGUCAAUAAAUGGACCUCAGUGAGGCAGCGUUAUGGGCUUCUGUGCCCAUCAGGUGCAGGACACAUGUGUUGCCCUGAGCUAGGGGCACAGAGAAUGCUGUUGGCAGUGUAUCCAGCUUAUUUCCUGGUACCAGGAGCAACCUGCUCAACCAUUUCACGUGGAAUGGGUGCCCCCAUUAAAGGCACGAAGCGCACAAUGUGUUUUUGGAUUUCCUUAUCAAAGCAACUAAAUUAAAAAAAAAAAACAACUUUUUUUUUUUUUUAAACCACUUACAGAAAAAUCUCAGAAUGGGAUCCAGUCGUUAGUGACCUUCAAGCCAGGGCCCCUUCUGCUGGGGGUCAGGAAGUAAAAGUCAACUGCAGUCUUCUGAUUUGCAAGAAGGGAGCAUUUGCCCCACACUGAAAGUCAGUCCUCUAGAAUGAGAGGCAGGUUAUGCAGAUGUGUUGGUCCAUCUUGCUUUAUGAGUGUUUUUAAGUUCUUAGUUCCAAGUCAUAUUUAAAAAAUAAGUUUCCAGUGUUAUGAUCUAUCAUGACCUGGGAAAUAUUCCCAAACUGUAAUUACUUUCUCAACUAACCAGAUGCUACAGAGAACUGUAUUCUAAUUAUCCACUAUCAGAACUCCUUGUCUAUUGUGUUUACUAAUACCAAGUUUGAUAUUGGUUAAGGAUUUUGCAACAGAUAAGCGCAGGGGCUCUCAGCCUUGAAAAACACACCGGGCAGGCCUUGCAAGAGGCAGGGUGUCCAGCUGUUUCAAAACAUUGUCAAGUAGCCAUAAGUUUACUCGCCCUUCUGUAAUAUGCUGCUAUUCCAAAAUGGGAGUUGUUGAAUAUUCAUUGAUGCCUGGGGCGGUGCUGUCCCCUCUAGGUGCAGUUGAGGGUUUGUUGUUUGUUAGACUGAUUGGGAUUUGUUCCGUCCAUCAUGCGAUUGGCAUGGACCAACUGCCGUCUGGAGCCAUUAGCUCCAUUGAGUCUAUUCUCCAAGUUGUUCACUGCUGCUACUAGAAAUGGAAAUGAAAUUAAGUGGUCUAAGAAACUUGAGUCAGUCACAUUUCUCAGCUCUGGGGGUCAUUUACCAGUUCAUUGUAGAAGAAAUAAUCAGGUAAGUAGAAGUUCAUUUCCAAAGAAGGUAAACCCCACUUACCAUCUCUGCAUGAUUUCAGUGGGAAUUGAUUAUCACUAAUCCCCAACUGGGCUAGAAUAAAUGUAAAGUUUGACCUUUUUAUAAAGAAGAGAGAAACAAAGAAAAGUCUCCGCUCUUAAAGGAAUGGUAGGAGAGGAGCAGGAAGCAUCCCUUGGCUCUGUAAGGAGGGUUCUCUAGUGUAGACUAGAAGACUAGUGUGUAGAGAUGGGAUGGAGCGAGGAGCCUGGUGGGAGCAUUCAGUCCACACUGGGGCGUGCUGUGCGUGCCUGUGUCUCUGCCGCUGAGAGUAGCCUUAGACUAUCACCGGUGCAGCUGGCUGUAAAGCCAGACGUGAACAGGGAGCAGGAGGCGUCAUAGGUUUGUCCCUUGGCAAAAUUCUCUCUUGGUGACUCCACCAGGAACUCCAGAAAUAAGAACUCUGACAAUAAGUUUGUAAGCUGAGAAAGACCCUGGCACCCCUUGAUCGUUAUUUUCUACUUGAGAAAGAAAAAACCCUUCUCGCCUUUUUUUGCUUUUUUUGCUUUUUUUUUUGUACAGUCAAGAGCUAAGGAGAAGAUCCACACUCCUCUCCUUGACCAUCUCCUGGCACCCGCUGGUCCAAACUGCCCUGGUUGAUCUACUCCUGGACUUAGCACUGGAUAGUGUGUGGGAACUAGCAAAGGCUUGGAGGAGGGUUUAGUCAUGGGGAAUGAUUUGGAUGAUUUUUUUUUUGUCUCCUAGAAUUAGGAUACCUUGGUACUGUUGACCAAGGUACUGUUGACACCUCUUGGUGUCUUCCAUUUACCAUACCUGAGGAAGAAGCUGUUGAGAAUAACGCAGGCCCGAGGGCUAGGCUGCACGAUGGCUUCUGUGAGAAUCCAGGGGGCUUCCAGAUGGAAAGGGAUGCUUAGAUGAAUACUGUGUGACUUCACCCCCCUUCCUGAUCUUCUUCAUUUGGAUGAGUUCAAGACUCCCAUGAUCAGAACCGGAAAUGGUGCCCCUGCUUCUCCUGGCCUUCUCUCCUCCCAUCACGCUCCCCCAUUCCCUGCACCAGAGCCUCUCGGGAGAUUCCCACCCACCCCAGGGGUUCCUCUUGCACACUGCCUCUCGCUGAGACCAGAGCUCCUUAACCAGUGCCAGAAAGACAGCCGUGUCUUGAGGGAAAAGAGCUUUGCCUUUUACCUAUAGUUCAUGUGGCGUCAGAAUCCCUUCAACUGCGGAGAGAAGCCAAAAGAGCAUGAUUUUGGCUUCCUGAUUUCAGAUGGGAUUUAAUGUGUUGAAACCUCUUCUGUUGGAAACUGAAUACCCUAUGGUCUGGAAUUUUCCUGGAGGUAGAGUGACAUCUAAGAUCCGUGCUCUCCAACCCCUCCCAGCUGGUGCCCUCCACUCCUGAUGGACAAGUGUAUGUGGGUCAGUGCAGGACAGAGCCCGAGACAGCAUCUCCCCUCCGCCCUUUCCCGCUCCCUCCGUGGACACUGAGGGAAGACCAGCCAGGAAGGUUAGAUCUCUGGGUACCAAGGAAACCAACACCUCAAAUCAGUGAUGGCUCAGCCCAACCCAGACAGUCCUGGGACAUGUUCACGGGCCUCCAGCUCUGUCCAGGCCAGGCCAGUCUGGCAACAAAUGUGAGCUGCCUUGCGAGCUUUCUGUUGUUUGGCCUUUGUUCUCUAGACUCUUCAAUACUGACUGCUUUGACUUCUGUGAUUAUGUUCUGGUGAUGUGUCGUCAAUAUACCAAUAUGUUCACAGCCUAGGAUCAUGGUGAUAUAGUGUUUUGUUUUGUUGGUGUUUUUUUUUUAACUGUUCAGAAAGAAGUAACUUAAAAUACAAAUAAGAUUAAAGUGAA